AUGUUUGGUAUCCUCCUCAGCCUUUCCUUUGUUUACCUGGUGACGCAGGCGGCCCCUCCCAACACAGCGCCAGCCCCCUGCAGACGCUGCUGUGAUGACAUGGAACCAUCAGAGGGGAGUGGUGCCCAGCCCCCGACCGGAGGGUACAACCAGGUGCCAGAGGUCCGUACCUACAUCAACAUGACCAUUCUUAAAGGUGACAAAGGAGACCGCGGAGAAAGAGGGACGCCAGGUAAAAUUGGACAGGAAGGCCCUCCGGGAUUAAUCGGGCCCAUGGGCCCAAAAGGCUCAAAGGGCCAGGCGGGUCUCCCAGGAGACCCCUGCAAAGUGCAGUACGCUGCUUUUUCCGUCGGUCGUCGCAAAUCCCUCCACAGCUUGGAGGCCUACCAACCACUGAUAUUCGACACAGUUUUCGUAAACCUCGACAAUGACUUCAACAUGUUCAGCGGGAAAUUCAUCUGCCACACGCCCGGGAUCUAUUUCUUCAACAUCAACAUUCACACAUGGAACUUUAAGGAGACCUACCUUCACAUCAUGCGCAAUGAAGCUGAGCAGGCGAUAGUAUACGCACAACCCAGCGACCGCUCCAUCAUGCAGAGCCAGAGUCUCAUGCUGGACUUGGCCCUCAAUGACGAGGUGUGGGUCCGCCUGUAUAAGCGGGAAAGGGAGAAUGCAAUUUAUAGCGAUGAUGUGGAUAUUUAUAUCACUUUCAAUGGAUACCUCAUCAAAGCAAGCACAGAGUAG